AUGGCACUGGACUACUUGACGUGGUGGCUCAGCCCUGGCGUGGCGUGCUUCCUCUUCUUGAACGCGCUCGUCGCAGCAAUCGCGGUCACGUCCCGGUCCCGCGCCCAGCAGGGCGGCCGUGCGGCGUCGACGACGCGCAGGAAGCUCUGCCGCAGCGCGUCGUCCAUGGUCCUCGACCGCCUCCGGUCCUUCUCCGCCAUGUUCUCCACGGACCCGUUCGUAGAGCUCUGCUACUACUACGUAUCCCCGGAAGCAGAGGAACAGAAUCAGGUGAGCGGGGCCGGGGCGGCACCUGAUCGCCAGUUGGCCGUGCCGGAACCUGCGUCGUCCGUGGCGGCGAUUUCGAUGAUGUCCAGGAACGUAGAGGAUGAAACGGCCGCAGGGGCGGUGAAGUCCAUGGUAAGCUCCGACGGGGACGGGACGUGCGCGCUCGGCCAGGAGGGGCGCCAUGCGCAGGAACCGAUGCCGUCACCACCACCACCGCCAGCUGCUCCGGCGGCUGUGGCCGUGGUCACCGCGGAGACAGCUAGAGUGGCGGCGCUGGUGCGUGGACCGCCGGAGGAGGAGCCGGCGACGGUGGCAGAGUUUGUGAAACGGAAGCACCGCCGCGGCGAUCGUGUUUACGCGGUGGAAGGGAAGGCGGAGUUGAACGCGCGGGCGGAGCAGUUCAUCCGGCAGUUCCGGCAGGAGCUCAAGCUGCAACGCCUUGACUCCAUGCUCAGCCGCCACGCCCACACGCUCAGCACCGGCUCGGGCGCACCAACAAGCCGGGAGCUCCAAUCCGGUUGUUCGAUAUAA